UUUAUUACCUUGUGAAGAUUUUAGCAUAUUUGUUUUGAUUCUGUAUUUUAUUAUAUAUCCGAAAGAUUGUGAAUGCAUGUGUAUUUUUGAAUGUUUUAUUCCAUUUAAACUUGUGUGUCCCUGCAUGUUAAAACGUGCGCAGAUUGGUAAAGAGGGAGUGUACCAAUUAUGUCUGGGAAGCGUAAUAUAUCGUACGUUAAACCACAAGAUCCCAGUUUUCUAGCCAAGUUAAAGUCACAAAUCGGAUAUAAAGAAGGGCCAUCUUUGGAAACCAAGCGUCAAAAAGUUGAUUUCGACGACAAUAGCUCAGAUAGCGACCGCGAAGAGGAGAAGCCCCAAAUCGUUGUUUUGCAGAGUGGAGAUUUGACAGCUGAAGAAGUGCAGAAAGAGGAAGCUCGAAUCGCAAAAGAAGCAGCGGAGGCAAAAGCCGAUCUCAGUAAGCCAAUAGUGUUCCAGAAGCGAAAAGAAACUCAGAGUAUAAACUCCGAAGAAUUGACAAGUGCCGGCAGCUCAAAAUCCAAUAAUCAUAGUUCCAAUACCUCUCAAACAAGCAAAAAAGUCGAAGGUAGAAAGGAAAAAUCAAACAAAGGCGAAUCCAAGUCACUUAAAAAUAAGAAGAACAACCAAAAAAGCAAGCUAUCGUUUGACGUCGACGAGGAGGAAGACGACGACGUAUAA